AUGCUCGUUCAAAACCUUUCAGAGCUUAUGGAACUUUAUCUUGAUUGGGUAAAUAUAUCAGCUCAAGGGUUUGAGUGGUGUGAGGCCUUAUCAUCUUCACUACCAAAUCUAAGAGUGUUGAGCAUGUCAGGUUGUUAUCUUUCAGGGCCUCUUAAUUCCUCCUUACUGAAUCUUCACUCUCUCUCAGUUAUUCGUUUGGAUAUUAACAAUUUUUCUAGUUCAGUUCCAGAAUUUUUUGUAGAUUUCAAAAAUUUGACAUCCUUGUGUUUCUCUUCUUCUGGGUUAAAUGGAAAAUUUCCAAAAAAGAUUUUUCAGAUUCCCACCCUACAAAAGCUUGACUUAACAGAUAAUGGACUACUUCAAGGUUCUUUGCCAGAAUUUCCUUUAAAUGGAUCUCUUCAAACCCUGAUGCUUAGAUACACAAGGUUUGCGGGGACAUUGCCAUCUUCUGUUGGUAACCUUAAAAUGUUAUCCCUAAUAGAUCUUGCAGGUUGCAAUUUCAGUGGAGAAAUCCCAAACUCAAUGGGAAACCUUACCCAAUUGCGUUAUUUGGACAUGUCACUCAACAGUUUCAAUGGGUCAAUUCCAUCAUUCAGCAUGGGUAAGAAUUUGAUCCAAAUAGUCAUUUCCAAUAAUAAUUUGACGGGUCAAAUUGCUUCUACCCAGUGGGAAAAACUUUUGAAUUUGGUGACUCUUGACUUGAGUUACAAUUCAUUGGAAGGGAGCAUUCCAGUUUCUCUAUUUUCCCUUCCAUCAUUGCAGGAACUAGGACUUCGCAACAACCGAUUUUCUGGUUCACUCAAUGAAUUUUCGAAUGUUUCUUCUUAUCUACUGGAAACCUUUGAUUUGAGUUAUAACAACUUGAAAGGGCCAAUACCCAUGUUUAUCUUUGAGCUCCGAGGUCUUGAGAGACUCUCACUUUCUUCGAACAACUUUAGCGGCUCCUUGCAACUUGACAUGAUUCAGCAGUUGGGAAAUCUUUCGAAGAUGUCUCUUUCGCACAACAACUCGUUGAUUGAAUAUACUGAACAUGGUUCUUCAUUGUCCUCCUUUCCCCAAAUGAUCACAUUAAGCUUGGCUUCUACCAAAUUGAAAACAUUUCCUGACUUCUUGAGAAACCAAUCCAAAUUAAGAGAUCUUGACCUUUCAGACAACCAAAUUAUAGGAGAGAUUCCCAAUUGGAUUUGGAAGCUUCCUAAUCUUUAUACAUUGAAUCUCUCUUAUAACUACCUAGUGACUUUGGAUUUGCCUCUACUAAAUAUUUCUUCUUUGAGUGUCCUGGACCUUCACUCCAACCAACUUCAGGGGCAACUCUUGGUUGUACCACCGUAUGCCACAUACUUGGAUUUCUCGACGAAUAAUUUCAGCUUUAUCAUACCAGUUGACAUUGGCAACUCCCUUACUUAUGCUUAUUUCUUCUCUUUUUCAAGCAAUAAGUUACAUGGGAGUAUCCCUGGAUCAUAUGCAGUGCUACAAAUCUUCUUGUUUUAG